AUGAACUCCCUACCUACUGAAAUCAUCCGCGAAAUCCUCCUCCAUCUACCGCCCUCGCCCUCUACCCGCCUAACAUGCCACCUCUUCAACGCCAUUCUCGCACCCCAAAUAUUCACGACCAUCCCAUCUUUCACGGACCUCAAGACCGCGAUGCUGAAGCUUGAAGAGGGCGCUAGUGAAGCGAGGAGGCGAAACGUCACGUCUAUUUGGUCUCCGCGGUGUAGCGUCCCGGAGGAUAUACCCCUUCCGCAGAGUUUCUUGCUCGCUGCGUUUAUUGCGUUUCACGGUAGACAGUGGAAACCGCCGAAAGAAGUGGAGUGGGAUUCUGAUAGUGGAAUUUGCUUGGAUGACGAACCGGAGAGUAAUACGAGGGAAGUGACGGUUCGUGAUGUUGGAGAUAUGUCGGAGGAGGGCUUGAAGGCGGCCAUGUUUCGGUACGCCUUGUAUUUGAGUUAUUCGUAUCGAGGCGAGGGAGAGGCACCGUCGUUGUGGAUCUUUGAUGAGAAAAGCUGGGCGGGCAAAGAAUGA